AUGAACUCCAGAUACAUUUUCUUGGUCGCCCUGUUGAAUGGAUUCGCUCGUGGAAGCGACUUUGCUCCAGUUCCCCGUGUUGCUAUCGCUGCACCAACGGCAACUACGCCGCCUCCCGCCCUUCCUACUCUCGUGGAGCGUCAGAACAUUGACUCUUCCUGCGUCAGCUCUGUCAUUUCGGAGCUGAGCCCGCCAACAGGUGGUCUUGGCUCUGAUUUUCUCAACUGGGCGAGCAGCGCCUCCAGCGCGACCCCUUCGCCGAACUGCACCAUCACAGCACCUGCAAGCAUCUACCAUGACUUCACGGGCUACCGUGACGAGCUCCGGACUUACUUUUCCACCAUCGCGUCCAAGGCCAGCGGGAUCGACACCGAUUGUGGUGCGGACAGCCUGUCUCUCACCUUCGACGAGCAGUGCACCACGAGUCUCACAGUGUAUUUCACUGGCAGCUCGGGUUGCCACGGGCCCUUCAAGAACAACUACCAGGAGCUCUUCAGGGACGACUAUCACGGGCCCUACAAAGACGGCCAUCACGACUCCCUCGCAGGCUGCCGCGGUCGGCUCCAAACGGCAUCCUAA